UUGUAUGUUACUAAUAGAAGAUCUCUGGUGUUCAGACGUAAAUCUGACGUCAUAUAUGUGCGCAAGCAACGGGAAACAAACGUGGGGAGAGAAUCACAUCAGUCAGCUCGUUUUGAUCGUAAUAAUUACACAAGACCCCCUUUUUUUUUUUUAGCUGAAAUGGAUGACGAAGAGGAGACUUACAGAUUAUGGAAAAUCAGAAAAACUAUAAUGCAGCUUUGUCAUGAUCGUGGUUAUUUAGUGACUCAAGAUGAAUUGGAUCAGACUCUUGAUGAGUUCAGAAGUCAGUUUGGAGACAAACCCAGUGAGGGUCGACCGCGACGAACAGACCUCACGGUUCUAGUCGCCCACAACGACGAUCCAACCGACCAGAUGUUUGUGUUCUUCCCUGAGGAACCGAAGGUUGGCAUCAAAACAAUAAAGAUGUACUGCCAACGUAUGCAAGAGGAGAACAUCACACGGGCCAUUAUUGUAGUCCAGAUGGGUAUGACCCCGUCAGCCAAGCAGUCUCUGGUAGACAUGGCACCAAAGUACAUACUUGAGCAGUUCCUUCAACAGGAGCUUCUAAUCAACAUUACCGAACACGAGCUUGUUCCUGAGCACAUAGUGAUGACUAAAGAGGAAUUGACCGAGCUGCUGACGCGGUAUAAACUAAAGGAAAGCCAGCUGCCCAGAAUUCAAGCAGGGGAUCCUGUGGCCCGAUACUUUGGCUUGAAAAGAGGCCAGGUUGUUAAGAUUAUCAGACCUAGUGAGACGGCCGGGCGGUACAUCACAUACAGAUUGGUCCAGUAAUGGUUAUGAAGUCAGUAAUAUAACAAUAUUGCAAUAAUUUCUGCCAAAAUGCUUCUGGUGAACAACAGCAAUGUUAUGUAAUGAAGUCUUGAGUUAAUAUGAAAAUGUGGUAAUUUUACAGUGGUAGCUCUAUAGUGUCGUUCAGUUGUAAUUAUUUAUGGUAGUUGUAGAAUGAUGCUAUUCAUAUGAUUUCAGUGGUAUCAUGUAUGCUUGCAUAGCCACUCUUGUUUGAUCUUUUUAACAUGUUUGAAAUAUUUUCUCCAA